UUGUCGUAUAAAAAUAGUUUUUAAUAGUUUCAUAGGGUGGCCGUGGUGGCAAUGAUCAUGAUUGUGGCGGCGUUGGUGGUGGUGGUGUUGAUUGUUGAUGGUUCUGCUGUUGUUGCUAUUGCUGCUGCCCACGAUUCUGCUCCAGUUGAUUCUGCUAAUUAGUAUGGCUAUGAUUUGUAAAAUGCCACUGCUGUUGCUACUGCUGCUGAUAAUGUUGACGAUGACGACGACGACGAUGAUAGAGAUGUCAAAAUCCUCCUCCAAAUCGGGACACCGAUCCCGCUCAGGCUGGAGAGCCUGUGCGGGGCGUCGAGGCUGCGCGACGUCGUGCGAGCCGAGAUGCUGCCUUCACCGGGGAUGCUGGAAUCGCUCGCGCGCCACUUCUGCGUCCUGCCCGGCACGGCGCUUCACUCCUCCUCCUUCUUCUCGCUCGCCGCCGCCUCCUCCGCCGGCCGCUCGUCCGCACGUGGCCCAACCACCCUGCAACUCAGGAGGAGCGCCUCUCCGCCGGCGCUCCCCCGCGGCAAGAGGAAGUGCAGGCCGCAGCCUCGGCUGGACAACUGGAACCCGGAGUAUGUUCACCGACAGCCUGAGGAGCCCGUGGACCACGUCAAGGAAAACCUCGAGAGGGUGCGCGAGGCCAGCCUCGCCGUGGCCCGGAGCCGGCCCCCCGGCCGCGCCGUCUGGCUGCUCCCGGGCGACGCGCCCUACUACAGCUCGCAGUCGCUCAACGGGCGACAGGUCGCGCUCGCCGCGCUCCGCGAGCACCUCAACAGGGAGGACCCGCGCGCCCGCCACUCGUACGCCCUCGCCUUCGCCUCCCUGUCGCUGGAUCCCGUGGACGAGGAGGAGGCGCGGUGCGACGAGCGGCGCCGGUCCCGCGCCGCCUGGCGCACCGCGCGGGGAUUCGCCGUGCCGGGCCCCUCGGACGGCCAGCGGGACAACGAGCACCCGCUCCGGCCGGACUCCGCACGCCGGGAGGAGCUCUGCAAGGCGAGGGCCCUCCCGACCGGCCGGAGCCGGAAAACCGUCGCGGUUUGGCACGGGGACGGUCGUGGGUUCGGAGAGAGGGGUCGUCCCGAUAUCGUCCGAGAGGAGAUUUUGAAUGUUGUCCCUCGUUUUAAACGUCACUGCCGCGGUGCAGGAUGCGUAAUGGUCGUCACCCUGGACUUGCAAUCCGGAGGUUGUUGCCGGUUGGAUCUCCCGGCGCGGCGGUUGGAACAACAGACACGUUUCUUAAAUUUAAAUAGCGAUAACUUUUUGGUUUCUGCUUUUUGUUUUGGUGCCAUUUCUUAAUUUGUUGAUUUUGCUUGGUCGUGGUAGGGUUUUUAUUUGCUUGGUAGUGGCUCUACAUGGGAUUUGAUCAUCAUAAUAUAAUUAAUGUGCGGCAUUGUGGGACGCUAUUAGCAUGAAUUACGCUAUAUAAAAUGAAAGCAUAAUUAUUAUCUAUGCACUGGGCCUGUCAACUAGGUCAAGGUGUGAUAUAAUGGUUAGCACUCUGGCCUUGCAACCCAGAGGAUUCGGGCUCGCCAAGAGUCUCAAAUCCCCCCACCCACCCCGCCUCUUCUUCACGAGUUGGGUUCACCGCAGUCGAUGGACAGGUCGUGUGCGGUGGGGUAGCGUGUGGGCACUCCCACCUCCCCCAAGGCGUCUUGAGUUGUAGGCCACAAUGCCUCCUAGAAGUGUUCCUCACGAAUUUCAGAGGGGGGCCGUUUUCGCCGUCACGGCAUCAAUGACAGAUGCGGAUACCCGUCGCACAAAUGUGAAAUUUUAAACUCUCCAGGAGUGUGCGACUGUGGUCACCCAGGACAGACCGUAUAACGACGCAAUACCCGAUCCACAAUGCGAACGAGACAUCGCGGCGAUACCACUCCGCUGCUCCUGACGCGGUUAUCUGGCUCGACCAACCUGCACCAUUUAAUUGUAGUUAUUGCUCUGCAUCUACGUGAGCCGUACAAAAUGAGAAUAAUGUGAGAGCUGCCGUACAUUUGAAACAAUUGGGGUGUGACAGCAUGAUGGGGUUUUUCACGUGUUGUGUAUUUGUUGGGGGUCGGACGUCGGGGGCCGCACUAAAGGCCACCAAGGGCCGCCAGUGACCCGCGGGCCUUGCAAUGAAGAACGCUGCCCUCGAAGCGUUCUCUAGAGCGGCGGUUCCCAACCUGUCAUCCGCUGACCCCUGGCGGCCUUGCGAGGCUACUACAGGGGGUCUGUGUAAACUAAAUAAUAACAUCCUCACCAAGGAUUAAUGUACAAUUUCAAAUAACUCUGAGUAAUAGAGAGGCACCUUCCACCAGCAGGGAGGUGAGACACGCAAUUGCAGGUCUGCGCCUUUACCUUUUAGAUCAUUCCGGACGCAUGAUGCGGGCAAAGUUGCGGGGCUACCUGAGGUGGUGGGUGGCAAUUGAACAUCCUUGGGAAACAUUUGCUUUAAAAAAAUAUAUAUAUUUUGAACAAAAUCCACCGCUCACCCAUUGCCUCUCAAUUUCCAAUCACUCAACCAUUCAAUUACGCAUUCUCGCCACAAAGCGGCGCACUCGUCCCAGUGCUGGUCCAUGUGUGCGUGUGCGUUGGCGAUACGUCGGCAACAGGAAUCCCCAUACUCUUUGGUUCUUUCGGGAA